GCUAAUUGAAAUCCAGCAGUCAUUGUCAAAGAUGGGAUCAUUGCGGGUGGGCCUUUUAGGAUUUUUCAUGUGGAUUUCUCUUGCUCAGAUAAAAAUCACUCAGGCACAAGUAGAAUGCAAUAUCAUCACCUCCAUAUCCUCCACAUCGGCCUCGUCGCUCCUCGUACAAUGGAACGUUUCCCCGGGAGCCACAAAUUACUUUCUGGACCUGAGGGUGGUGAACAACUCCGCCGUGGCGCCGGUGGUGGUCGCGCUGCCCGCCUUCAGCACCCAGAAGGAGGUGUUCGGCCUGCGGCCCGGGACCCUCUACACCGUGGCGGUUAAAGUCUUCCAGCUCUACAGAGUCAGCUGUCUGGAUAAGAAAACCGCCAGUACAGUGCCAGACACUUCUCAGAUAAUCACCUCCAAAGCAAUCUCCAGCACAGCCAUCUCACUGGUGUGGGAGAGAGUGGCAGCAGUGGACCAGUACUACAUUCUGAUAAACUCCACCGCCAACAGGGAGCACUACAACUUCUCCUACAUCGACACCAGCACUGUGAUCACGAACCUGCGUGCAUCCACCUCUUAUGAUUGCUAUGUUUUUACCUCAAACGCUGCGGGUCUGGGAGCCAGAAGCAGAGUCCGUACCGUGACCACCUUGGUCCAGCCACCAGCAGUGGUCACAGUGGACCGGACAGCUAAUCGUGCCAUGCGCAUUACGUGGUCACCAGUGGACCGAGUGCUGCUCUAUAAAGUCGUUGUUACUGACUCUCGAGGCUCGCAGAUCGUCAGCACCACCUCCUCGACUACUUCCCUGCAUGUGCAGAAUGUUCUGCCAUGUUCCUUGUAUCAAAUCUCAGUUUCCUCAUUGAACACAUUCAUGGAACCUGGAGAAUCGAGACAGGUCAACUUCACCACAAACACUUUGACACCAGUUUCAUCCGUGUUUGUGGAUUACAACUGCGUCAAUUCCUCUGCCACUGUGUCGUGGGAAGCCACAUUUGGAGCGGAACUGUACAGGGUCAAAGCGGUCAGCACCAGCGGUACAGUGCUUUCCUGCUCCUCUGAUAAGACCUCAUGUAUACUGACCAAUGUGGGCUGCGGACAGGAGUAUGUGGUCCACGUAAACUCAAUCGCCAACAACUGUGAAAGCAUGGGCAACACCACAGCAAUCUUCCAGACAAUACCGUGCGCUCCAGCUAAUCUAGAGUUGUUCCGUGAGUGCAGCAGCAACGUCAUCAUUUUCUCCUGGGACGGAACGCAAAGUCCCAUUGCAGGCUACUACAUGGCACGAGCAGUGGACUCAACAGGGAUCACCCAGGAAUGCGUGACCAUAGAGACAUCCUGUUUCUUCACUGAUACAACAUGUGGACUCAGCUACACCUUCACUGUGCAGUCCAUGGUUGGAGAAUGUACCAGUGGACAAAGUCCGCCAGUGCACAUACGUACAGCACCAUGCCAGCCUACUAAAAUGGUCACUGCAUCGGACUGUGGAACAAACACUUUGACAAGUACGUGGGACGGAGCAAACGGAGCAUUAUACUACGUUGUUGAGGCAUACGGGAGCCAAGGCAAUGGGAGCCGCUACAACUGCACCUCAGUGACACAAAGCUGUAUCAUCCCUGACAUUAUGUGUGGAGAAAGCCUGACAAUGGUGGUCACGUCUUUUGACAACGACUGUUCCAGCGAGCAGACUUUGGGACUGGAGGCAAUCACUGUUCCUUGUGAGCCUGAAAACGUCUUUCCCACCAUGGACUGUAAUUCUGACUCCGUCACCCUGAACUGGAGAGGAGCCAAUGGUGCGUUGUUGUACGUCGCCACAGCAACAGACCCCUUAGGUGCGACGUACACCUGCAACACAGCGGAUGUUGGCUGUCAGAUUAGGGAACUUAACUGUGGAACCACAUACACUGCCUCUGUCUUUGCCACCAACUUCAAAUGCAACAGCUCUGUCAGUAACACUGUGAUAGUUGAAACAGCUCCCUGUCCUCCAUCCCUGGUGCAGGCUGAACUGGACUGUGAUGGAAACCAAGCACUGGUGACCUGGCUGGGCACACGGGGCACAGCAGCCUAUACGGUUAUGAUGGAGGACCAGAGUGGGGGUAUGUUGAGCUGCAGCACCACAGCCAACGGCUGCCGUGUACCCAGUCUCAAGUGUGGCCAGAUCUAUGACGUCAGUGUAACCUAUCAUGACGGCAUUUGUCCCAGCAAGCCCUCGUCUCCUGUUCACCUGAAAUCAGUCCCAUGUGGUCCGGCAAAUGUUCAGGCCCAUGUAGUGUGCAGCUCAGGUCUGUUGCAGAUGAACUGGAACCACACAGAUGGUGCUGAGGGUUACAUCGCGAGUGUGGUUGCUGCUAACAGUGCAGAUCUCCUGUACUGCAAUUCCCUCACAACCUCCUGCAGCCUCGACUCACUUAAAUGCGGCACAUCAUACUCCCUGCAAGUCCGAUCCUACAACGGAACCUGCUUCAGCAUGCCCAGUCCAGCGCUGACUUUUAACGAAGUCCCAUGUGUGCCGACCAACGUCACAGUAAAGAGCACUUGUGGAAACAGCACCGUGGUCACCUGGCAAGCCAGCCUUGGUGCUGUAUCCUACAUGGCCAUCGCUGUGAGCAACAGUGGUCAUCAAUCCAAUUGUACUUCCACUGGAACCUCCUGCAGCCUGACGAACCUGUUAUGCGGCCAGGUGUACAGCAUUAGCGUGGUGUCCAUGGAUGAUGCCUGCACCAGCUUGAAGAGUAAGAAUGUUACACUGCAGACAGUUCCUUGUGCUCCUACUAACGUCCACAGCCUCAUCCAGUGCAACACUAACACUGUUACACUGAACUGGGAAUCCAGCCCCAAUGCUGUGGUCUAUGUAGGAACGGGAGUAGGAUCUGAUGGACAUACUGUGACAUGUAACAGCAGCUCUCUGGGAUGCCAGCUAUCGGGUUUGCACUGUGGGCAGGAUUACACAUUCAGAGUGACCGCCAGUGAUGGCACCUGUGUGAGCCCGGACAGUGACAUCUACAUACAGUCCACUGCCCCUUGUGCUCUGCAGACUGUCUCCAAUGUCCUGCACUGUGACACCAACUCAUUGAGUGUCAGCUGGGUGCCGCGUGCCUCUGCUCUGAGCUACAGCGCCCUCGUCAGGCCUGUGAACGGUCCUGCGCUCACAUGUACCUCAAACAGCUCUAGUUGCGACAUCACAGGACUGCAGUGUGGUCAGAACUACACCCUUUCUGUCACAGCUACCAAUAAAGCAUGCACAGGAGCGGAGAGCAUCCAACAGACUGUACAGACAGCUCCCUGUGUGCCAGCCUCAGUGCAUGCCAGUGUUUCCUGUGUUAGUAACACAGUGAAAGCAUCAUGGGAUCAGACGGCAGGGGCUCUCUCCUACACAAGCGUUCUGACAGGUCCAGGUGGAUACACUCAGUCCUGCUCCACCUCCAGCCUCUCCUGCUCCUUCAGCGAGCUGACCUGCGCUCAGACGUACACCGUCCAUGUGAUCGCGAAUGACAACCACUGCAACAGCACCGUCAGUCCAGGUGUCUCUGUCACAACAGGACCAUGUGACCCUGACAGCGUGUACGCUGAACUGCAGUGUGACUCGGGCGCAGUAAAUGUGUCGUGGCACGCCAGCGCUGGUGGCAGUGUGUACACUGUUCUGGCCUACGGUCAAAAUCAGUCGACUCCUUCCUCCUCCUGCCUCUCUUCCAGUACCUCCUGCACCCUCACACAGCUACAGUGUGGAGCCGUGUUCAACAUUAGCGUGCUAGCCAGUGAUUAUACCUGCAACAGCAGCUCCCGUGCUGGAGUCACAGUGAAAACAGCUCCUUGUCCCCCCAGAUUGCAGUCUUCCUCCCUGAGCUGCGUCAAUAACCAGGCCCUGGUGUCAUGGACUGGUGACCAGGGCACUGUUGGGGUCAGCAUAAACGCUGUGUCAGCGCUGGGUUCCUCUGCAAGCUGCAGCUCUGCUAAUCACAGCUGUGCUCUGCAGGGCCUACAGUGUGGACAGUCAUACACUGUGCUGGGCACAGUCCAAAGCCUGCAGUGUCACAGCAGUGCCAGUGCUCCACUCAACAUAGUCACAGCCCCCUGCACUCCUGCAUCGGUGAGUGUGGACUACAUCUGUAGGACCAGUGCGGCAGUGCUGAGCUGGAGCGAGAGCCUGGGGAGAGAGAGCUUUCUGGCCAGUGUGCAAUCACAAGACCAUUCAGAUUCCUGCAGAAGCAAUCAGAGCCACUGCUCCAUCUCCUCCCUGCUCUGUGGACACCUCUACAACGUCAGCGUGCAGGCCGUGUCGGGACAGUGCAACAGCAGCAGUGUCGCCAGGACGCAGCUACAGACGGCCCCCUGUGCUCCUCAGAAUGUCUCUGCAAAUCUGCAGUGUGCCAACAACACUGCCUCAGUCUCCUGGUUGGCUAGCCCCGGUGUCGCGGGCUACAACGUUACCGCUCUGGCGCAUGACGGCGAUGCCAAAUUUUGCCAAACCUCAACAACCAGCUGCCAACUGCCCAACAUGCAUUGCGCUCAAACUUACGACAUCGUGGUGACCCCCUUCUCCAGCACGUGUGGCGGAUUCCCCAGCAGUACUUUUACCUUCUCAGCAGGUCCAUGUCCUCCCACUAACGUCCAGGCCUCUCUGAGCUGUGACAAUAACAUCAGCUCUGUCAACUGGCUGGCUGCCCUCAAUGCCGAAAUGUACAUCGCCACAGCUACAGGAUUACAUGGCCACACCUACACCUGCACUACAAACACCACCAGCUGCUCAUUCCUGGACCUGCACUGUGGAGACAGUUACACCAUUACUGUGGUAACUGUGGAGCGUGGCUGCAGAAGCAACCCAAGCACACCUGUCCAUCUGAAAUCAGCUAUCUGUCCUCCUACAAACCUGGCAUCACACACCGCCUGUGACACCAAUGUCAUCUCAAUCAUAUGGGACCCCAGCCCAGAGCAGGGAGUCACCUACUUCCUGUUCUUUCAGCAGGAGGGUGGGCCCAACUCCACUUUAACCACCACAUCAACAUUUUCCACAGUGGAUGGAGCAGAGUGUGGCUUGGUUUGGACUGUGAAGGUGGCUGCACAAGACAGCACCUGCACCAGCAUCUACAGCGCACCUCUGAAUAUCCAUACAAGUCCAUGCUCACCCUCAGACCUGGCAGCUACAGCUGAGUGUGGCACUAACCUAGGAUACCUCAGCUGGCAAGGUGGAACCGGUGCCCUCGAAUACAUCACCAGUCUGUUGAGUGACCAGGGUCAUACUGUUUCCUGUACAUCUAACACCACAUCCUGUAUUGUAAAGCUGGAGUGUGGGCAUCAUUACACAGCGAGUGUAGUCUCCUCCACUGGGUCCUGCAACAGCACUGCACACAGCACUGUACAGUUUGACUCAGCCCCCUGCCUGGCUGAUCAUGUGAAUGGCCAUCUGAACUGUGAUGCCAACACACUGGCUGUGGAUUGGGCUGCCAUUCCGGGGAAUCCAAGCUCUUACACUGUGCUGGCUAUCGGAACUGAUGGCUCGCGCUCUUCUUGUGACACCAGCAGCACCUCCUGUACUAUCCAGAGCUUAAACUGUAGCCAAACUUAUUCCAUUGCCGUGACUCCUUCCACCGUCAAUUGUGAUGUGAAGGGCUCGGAGUACCAGGUGCAGGCAGCCCCUUGUAUGGCACUGAACCCAUCUGUCGCAGUGGAGUGCAGUACAAAUAUUGCCAUAGUAUCAUGGGACAACAUGGGAGCACAGCAGUCCUACAAGGUGUCAGCGUUGAACUUCACAGGUGGGGGAGCCGAGUGUACGACCACGGGUUCAUCCUGCACCUUUUCUCAAUUCCGCUGCGGAGAGACUUACACAGUCCUCAUUACGGGCGUGACAGACCAGUGCAUCAGCCAGCCCAGCACAGCCAUGGAGCUCAGCACAGGUCCCUGCGUCCCCAGCCACGUCGUGGUGACAUACGACUGUGACACAGAAAUCACGAUAGUGACGUGGGACUUCUCCCGCGGAGCCGACAGUUACGUGGUUUACGUGGUGGGUAGCCAUGGACACGAAACCAACUGCUCCAACACAGACACCACCUGUGAAUUUCUUGACCUGGCGUGUGGGCAGGACUACACUGUCACGGUGGUUGCAGUUCGUGGUUCCUGCACAAGCCAGGCCAGUCAGCCCGUCACUGUGUCUACAGGCCCGUGUCCUUAUUCUGAUCUCCGAGCCUCUUUGGACUGUAGCGUUAAUGCCGCACACGUUUCGUGGACGCCGGGGAGCGGUAUUCUUAGGUACAACGUCUCAGCCGACGCCUUUGAUAUAGGCAAUCACCUGGCCUGUAGCACCGAAGGCUCUGCGUGUAACGUGACCAACUUGCAGUGUGCAACGUUUUACCAGAUCAGUGUGACUGGAGAGGGUCCAACCUGCCCCAGUCCACCUCAGGGAUGGGUGACCAUUCCUACAGCUCCGUGCCCCCCGACUCAGGUGUCAGUCCAGUCCUCAUGCAACUCAAAUGUUGCAUCUGUUUCAUGGGCAUUAUCUCAGGGGUCUCUCUCCUACCUCGCUACUGCCCAGGGCAGGGGCGGUCACAGGGCAAGCUGCAGCAUCAAUGGGACGUCCUGCGACAUCAGUGGACUUCAGUGCGGAGAGACGUAUGAGAUUCAUGUUUCAGGGGUGGACGAAAGCUGCAUCGGGCCGAAGAGUGAGGUUCAGAUUCUUAAGACUGCUCCAUGCAUUCCUGACGAUGUCCAUGCAGUACUGAAGUGCCAAUCAACUGUGCUUAAUGUUACCUGGCAACAGAAAGGCGAAGCCACUCACUACAAGGCCAUGGUGCACAGCAGCGACGGCCAAAUGAGCAUCUGUGACACAGACACGACCUCCUGCGCAGUUCCCAACAUCCUCUGCGGUUUGACAUACAAUGUGGAGGUGGUCGCCCAAAACGAGAGGUGCAACAGCACGCUCAGCUCUGUCCAGCACGCUGUCUCAGCUCCAUGCCCUCCUCCAACCAUCACUGCAGUUCUGGACUGUGCUUCUAACAACAUCUUAGUGAACUGGUCCUCCAGCGUGCCCGGAGUCACGUACAUGGCACAAGCCGUCUCCUCCACCAGCAAUUAUACCUGCAGCACCACAAGCACAGGCUGCGCUAUCCAGGUGACUUGUGGCUCAAUCUACAAUGUCAGUGUUGUGCCCAUUCAGAACGGCUGUGCCGGUGCCCAUUCAUCCUACACAAUCAUUCAAGCAGCUCCUUGUACCCCUACCCUGACGGAGGUGGAGAUGGACUGCCUGUCAGAUUCCGCCUGGGUGGUGUGGACGGAGUCGGCGGGGGUGGAUUCCUACAUCGUCGUUGCGUCUGACAGUAGUGGACAUACAUAUGAGUGCAACUCCAGUGACAGCACAUGCGCGGUUUCUGACCUAGUGUGUGGGAAGCAUUACAACUUCAGCGUGACUGCCAUCAAUAGCCAGUGCAGCAGCCCAGUCAGCAACACUGUGGAGUCAGAGACAGCCCCCUGUGCUCCGAGCUCUGUGAAUGCGUCAGUGGGGUGCAUGAGUGGCACAGUGAGCGUGUGGUGGGAUGAGAGUGUUGGGGCUCUCAGCUACACAGUCACCCUCGAGCGUACCGACGGCAACACCUCCUGCUGCACUACACAUGACUCCACGUCUUGUGACAUCCCUUACCUUCCAUGCGACCAGAUGUAUGCUGUGACAGUCACUGCAGCGGGUCGCACCUGUAACAGCUCUCAGAGCACACCCUUUAUCAUACGAACAGCACCAUGCACCCCACAGGGUCUGACCUCCAGUGUGAGCUGCAGCAAUAACGUGGCCACCGUGUCGUGGGUGAGCAGUGCAGGCGGACUGCUCUACACAGUCUCUGCAGACAGCACGGACGGAGCGUUUUCAGACUCCUGCAGUGCUUUCGAAGACUCGUGCGAUUUGAGUGCUCUGUCCUGUGGGCUCCAGUACACUGUCAUGGUGGUGGCGCAGGACAGCACCUGCGUCAGCCCGCCGAGCGAUCCCAUAAACAUCACGACCGUGCCGUGUAUUCCUCCAAACGUGGGCGUGGAUGUGGACUGCCAGUCCCACAGCCUGACUGUGCUCUGGGACGAGAGCGCCGGCGCGUCCUUAUACACAGCCACACUGAGGGACAGCUGGGGGCAAUCUACUAACUGCCAGAGUCUGUCUAACAGCUGCAACAUCAGCAGCCUGGCCUGUGGAAACAUCUACCAUGCCAGUGUGGUCGCUUCUGAUGACUUCUGCAGCAGUCAGCCCAGCAUUAUUGUAGAUACAGACCCAGUUCCUUGUGUUCCUAAGAAGAUCCAGGCAGAGAUGGACUGUGAGACCGGCUCUGCCAUAGUGUCCUGGGAUUCCAGCCCCGGCGCAGUGACCUACACGGUCACGGCGAUCAGCACGUCUGGCCAUGCAGUGUCAUGUGAGGCUAAUGAAACCAACUGUGAGCUCCUCCAUCUGCUGUGUGGAUCAAGUUAUACUGUUUCUGUGGAGGCCCAGGGAAAUGCCUGUACGAGCUCUGCCACUAUGAGCGGUUACCUGGUGACAGGGCCGUGUGGUGUGGAGCAUGUCACCGUUGUCUACACCCCGUCUGUUGGGCAGGUCACAUGGGACAUAAGCAGAGGGGCAGUGGUGUACACAGCGGUGGCUGUUACAGAGGAGGGGCUUGAGGCCUCCUGUUCAUCCCAGGACACGUAUUGCGUGCUCUACGGCAUGAUCUGCAGCCAGACCUACAACGUCACCCUCUCAGCCAACAACAGCAUCUGCAAUGAGGGGCCACUUUCUACUCCUUUUACAGUGAACACAGAACCGUGUCCCCCCACCAAUGUGAAAGUGCGGGCAGUAUGUUCACAUGGCGGGGCAGUGGUGAGCUGGGAGGCGAGUGCAGGGGCAGUGAGCUAUGUGGCUGUAUUGGAGGGCCGCGGGGGUGACUCAGUGUCCUGUCAGACGAACGAGACGUCCUGCAGCGUGUCUGGACUACAGUGUGGAGCUGUUUACAUCGCUACUGUACAGGCUAUAGGCGUCACACUCAACAGCUUUACCAGUGCUGGUAUAGUGCUGAACUCAGCCCCCUGCCUGCCAGAUCCCAGCAGCAUUACUGUUAUGGGAUCCUGUGAUGAUGACACAGCAUUGGUUAGCUGGGAUUGGAGUGAUGGAGCCUCGUCCUACCAGCUCACUGCUACUAGUAAUGAUGGUUACGUAGCAAUUUGUGACUCCCAGGAAAACUACUGUAACCUCACGGACUUGGUGUGUGGACAGACGUACAACGUCAGCCUAACAGCCAUCAGCAGUGCAUGUGAGAUUAACCAGGACAGCACUGUUGCCUUCAGUACACGGCCCUGUGUACCGCUGCAUGUGGCAGUGAACCUGGAGUGCGAUACCUCCACAGCUGUGGUGUCCUGGGACCAGAGGCCGGAAGAUGUGCUUUACCAAGCAAGUGCCUUCAGUCCAGGAGAUGAAGAUAUACUGUGUAACUCCACCACUGACAGCUGUCAGUUCAGUGGACUGCAGUGUGGACAGGAGUAUUCAUUUAACGUUAGAGCAUUCAACCACCUGUGCCAGAGUGACCUCAGCAGCACUGUCUACGUCACAACAGAACCAUGCCAGCCCCAGAACCUGACUGCAGAAGGUUCCUGUGACAGUGACACCCUCCUUCUGAACUGGGACGACGCUGCUGGUGCUGAGAGCUACAUCGUUUCUACCUCAGGUGACCUGGGUUACAUCAGCUCUGACCAGACAGUUGAUCACAGCCUGCAGAUGGAGCUUCCCUGCGGUCAGACCUACAGUUUUACUGUGGUGGGGCAGGACGGACAGUGUAGCGGCAAACCCAGCAGCCCUGCAGCGUUCACAACUGCCCCCUGUGUGCCUUUCGAUGUUGAAAGCUUUGUUGAGUGUGAGAACAGCAUAGGCUCAGUCAGCUGGGGAAGUAGUGACGGGGCAGAAACAUACUCUGUGGUUGCAGUGGGAACUCUCGGCCACAGCCACAUAUGCAGCACCAAUGAAACAACAUGCACUUGGAAUGACCUUGAGUGCGGAGAGAUCUACACCGUUCGAGUCACUGCGAGCAAUCUUCUCUGCAGCAGUGCCCCCAGCAAUAGCACUGUCGUACGCAUGGCUCCAUGUAUCCCUGGGAAGUUAGAGUCCAGUAUGAACUGUGACCUGAGGGUGGGCUCUUUAACCUGGUUGCCGAGUCUGUCUUCAGAGUCUUACUUAGUGACUGCAGAGGCCUACAAUGGUCAUCGAGUGGAACUGACCACCAACGAGACCAGCGCACAGAUCUCAGAGCUCCAGUGCGGACAGCAGCAUUAUCUGACCGUCAGUGCUGUGGGACAGGGGUGCAGGAGCAAACCCAGCAACAGUUCUGUUCUGCAGACAGAACCAUGCCCACCAUCUGAAGUCUUCACCUCAGUGGACUGCUUCACCAACAUUGCCCUUAUAAGCUGGUCACUGUCAGACACUGCUGACCACUACACCGCCAAAGCUGUGGGCCCUGAUGGCGCAUCAGAGUGCAUGUCAGAGUCCAUGAACUGCGGCAUGGCCACCCUACAAUGUGGAGAGAAAUACAAUGUUACAGUCACUGCGUCCAAUCGCCUGUGCACCUCUGUACCAAGCGAGAUGGUUUACCUUGACACAGCACCCUGUGUUCCGAUGGGCGUCUCUGUGAUCAUGGACUGUGCAAGAAAUGAGGCACGUGUGACGUGGAAUGCCAGCAAGGGGGCGCUGUACUAUCUGGCUCUGGCUCAGGGCGGUGUAAAUGACUUCUCUUCCUGCAACAGUACUGACAGUGACACAUACUGUAUUCUGGGUAACCUCACCUGUGGGAUAGCCUACACAGUGCAGGUGGUGGCUGUUGGGGACCAGUGCUCCAGUUUACCCAGCCAGCCAGCAGUGUUCCGCACAGUUCCAUGCAGUCCUGAAAUCGGCAACGUGCUCCUGAACUGCUCCACUAACUCUUUACUGCUGGACUGGUCUUCCUCUGGCAGCUCCGUCUCCUACACCGCUGUGGCCAGUGCGACCGGUGGCCACAUGUCAUCCUGCAGCACUAACUUCACCAGCUGUGAACUGACACAGCUGCAGUGUGGUCAGAUUUACACCGUAACUGUGGCAGCUUUAGAUGAUCAGUGCAGUGGAAAGCAGAGUGCCACCGUUAAGGUGCCAUCAGUGCCAUGUGAGCCAGGAAAUGUGCUGCCCAGGAUGAACUGCUCAUCUGACACGGCACACGUGCAGUGGGAUUCCAGCAGUACGGCGGAUUAUUACGAAGUUGUUGCCGUUGGUUCAGGAGGGAAUGUAUCAACAUGUGACACCACACAUACAUCUUGUGAUGUGCACCACCUGCAGUGUGGCAAUGUGUACAACAUCAGCGUGACUGCUGUUAGCAAUCAGUGCCUUAUUACAAGCCAGACAGUCACACAGCUGCGUACAGUGCCAUGUAUCCCUCUGGACCUGGGCACCACGCUGGACUGCGGGUCUGGAGAUAUUACCCUAAACUGGCAGCCUGGUAGUGGAGCCACUGCCUACAAAGCAAUUGCUGAGAGCUAUACUGGUUCUGUUUCUUCAUGCAACAGCACCAGCACAGAAUGCGUGUUCAGUAAUCUGCUCUGCGGCCUGACCUACAGGUUCUCUGUUUCUGCCUAUGACCAUGUGUGCAGCACCCCAUACAGCCACAGCAUUGAAAUUAAUACAGUUCCAUGUGAGCCUCAGGGGGUCUUUGCAGACAUGGACUGUGAGAACAACAUAGGAAUGUUGCAAUGGGAUCUGCAGGAGGAUGUGGUUCUCUAUCAUAUGGAAGCAGUGGGGGCUGACAGUCAUGAGAUAAAGUGCGACAGCACCAAAUCCAGCUGUUCGCUAGAAGACAUGCACUGUGGCCAAUACUACAGUGUCUUUAUCAGCACCCAGGACAGCCAGUGUACCAGCAAUACAACCAAUCUUCUUCUGCAGUCAGUUCCCUGUGUGCCCACUGAUGUUCAGGCGUCCCUGCUCUGCAGCUCUAAUUCAGUGGCCGUGACCUGGCAGGCAGCCAGCGGGGCAUUGGGGUACCAGGUGCACGGUUUGAGUGAAGAUGGCCUUCACAGUGUGACCUGUAACUCCAGCCUGCUUAGCUGUGACCUGGAACAGCUGCACUGCGGGACGAACUACAGCGUGACCGUGGCAGGAGUGGACAAUUCCUGCCACAGUGGGAUGAGCACUCCAGCGGAAGUACAGACAGCUCCAUGUCCUCCCCAGAAUGUGAGCGUCCAGAUGAGCUGUGCUGCUGGUGUGAUGACGGUCACAUGGGAAGACAAUCCAGACGCAGAAUAUUUCCACGUAGAUGCAGUGACCAGCGGUGGGGCUAACCUAUCGUGCGAGACAUCAAGUACAAGCUGCUCAAUCAGUGGCCUGCCCUGUGGCCUCAUGUACUCGGUCACUGUGAGAUCACUCAGCAAUGUCUGCCAGAGUGACCCCAGUGCUGCUGUACAAGCCUCUUCAGCUCCAUGCAUGCCUAAGGGAGAGGCCGGCAGUCUGGACUGUGUGACCAAUUCUGUCUGGGUGUCAUGGCAGCCUGCGGCUGGAGCAGAGUCCUACACAGUUCUGGCCAUGUCUGCUACCGGUGUGAACUCCAGCUGCACAAGCUCAGAUCUCUUCUGCAAUGUUCCCAACUUGCUGUGUGGAGACCAGUACACUUUCUACAUCACUGCACUCAACUCCUACUGUGGCAGUCCACACAGCAACACCUUCCAGAUAGAGACAGCUCCCUGUUCUCUGACUGGCGUCACCGCGGACACAGAGUGCAACAGUAAUUCUAUUAGAGUGAGCUGGCACACAAAGGCCAGCUCCUCGUUCUUUGUUGCCACUGCAGAGGGACAGGACCUGAGUUUCCUAGAGUGUAACAGCAACAGUUCGUUCUGUGUCCUGAAGGGGGCGCGCUGUGGCAUGCAGUACACCAUCAUGGUUUCUGCCAGCUCAGACAAGUGCAACAGUCUUCGCAGUCCACCCUACACCAUCAACACAGCUCCCUGCACUCCAGUGGGGGUACAGAUGACACCGCUCUGUGAGCAAGUGGGAGUUCAGGUGUCCUGGGCUCAUUCUGCACAGGCUCAGUCCUAUUCCCUCACAGCCUUGGGUCAGGAUGGAGACCUUCGCAGCUGUAGUGGCCCAUCUGAGAACUGCAGCCUGACCCACCUGCACUGCGGCCAGCCUUAUACCAUCAGCCUCUCUGCCUCUGCUGGAAACUGCACCAGCCCCGGCAUCCAGCCACUCACCUUUACCACAGCUCCGUGUGAGCCUCAGAACCUGGCCGUCGCCAUGCAGUGUGAGACCAGCUCGGCCACGCUCCUCUGGCAGGCCAGUCAAGGUGCUGUGGAGUACUUCGCUUCAGCUUCCACUUCUCUAGAGAAUAAACUUCACUGUAACACUACGGGCACCACAUGUACCAUGGAUGGGCUGCAGUGUGGGAAGGUCUACAACUUCAGUGUGAUAGCUUCAGAUGAAACCUGCAAGAGCUCCAUUGUCCACUCGCUGGAGAAAGGAGCAGCCCCAUGUGCCCCAACCUCAGUAACUGUUCGGACACUUGCUUUGGGUGACCAAACUCUGGUUCGUGUGUCCUGGGACCCAGUCUUCUGUCUGUACAUCGAGUACCUGGUCGAGCUGAAUGGCAACAUCAACAAUGACCCAUUUGCUCAGGUGCAGGUGUCAUCAUACUGGACAGACAGGACGUACUUUGAGUUCUUUCUGCCCUGUGAUGUGACCUUUGUUGUCACAGUGAGGGCCAGAAACCAUGCAGGGACCAGCGAGCCUUCUGAUGUUGUUACUGGACCUACAGUACCCUGCCUUGCACCGUACGCCAGAAACACAGAUGGAUUAAAUCGUCGAAGGAGAGACUUGCGAGAAGCAGAAAUCCUGGCUGGGCUGAAGAAGGUCCCGCUGUCUGUGCCUGAAAUUAAGGCAGUUCAUGUGACUGGGAAGACCCUGCAUGUGGAGUGGACUCCAAUCACAGAAGCAAGUUACUACACACUGAUCGUGAGAGAAGACACGCCGUCUCGUCCAAUCACAGACAUAUUGACCAUCUAUGACUCGGAGUGUGAGGUGACUGACCUUAAACCAGGCACUCGCUACUGCGUUGUUGUGUCUGCUAAAAGCUCCAGUACCCAGAGUGCCUUUUCUUCCCCCGAGUGUUUCAACUUUGAAGCAAGAGGUUUUUCAAAGGGCUUUACAUCUAAUUAACCUGGGUGAACUGUUGGACUAUGUUGGAGCGCUAAUUCCACCUCCUAAAAGAGCAUCAGAAACCUAUACUGAUUAGUUUAGACCAUUGACACUACCACCACCAUGUUGAAGAGUUGUCAUUGGUUUUAAUAAUAAAUGCAUAAAAAUAGAAAAUCUUGAAGCGGAGGUAGAACAUAGUCAUAUUUUUGAUUUUCAUGCUUACAUGCCCAUAAAAGACGAGUUGGAAUCAGGGAUUGCAGAAACUGUGCCACUAACAGUAAGUUGCAGAAACAGCUGGAUGCAUGGUUUAGAGGUCAGAAUUUUUUUUCUUUGUUAUGUAAGUCUUUAUGAAAUGUCUUUAUAAAAGAGAGAAAGCCAAUAUCUGAUAUAUCUGAACAUGAUGAUUCAAAUCCUUAAACUCUUCUGUAGAUUUGAUUUAUUUGCUAUCAUGUUGUAAUUACUAGAUAAAUGAAUUUUCUUGCUAUACUAUUAUAUUAUUGAGACGGGCAUAAAGAGUAAUCCUUUGUAAUUUCAUUAAUAGCAAUUGUUUUAAUCAUGAAUGUAUGUAGACUACAUAGAUAGAGCAAAUAAACUGCUAUUUAUCAAGCAAUAUUUACUUUAAUUAAACUAUGUUAUAUAUUGUCUAGCUGAUGUACUAUAUGAUCUGCCUCAUUUUGUGAAUGAACCCUUUGCAAUAGUCAUUUUUUAUAUUAAAAAGAGGCCCAGAAAUGAAGGAAUAAAAGAAUGUGAAUGGCUUUAAA